AUGGCUUCAAACAACGGCACGCCCAGCCUGGAAUCCCUUCUCCAACGUUUCCAACUCCUCGAAGACAAAGACGCACUAGCAACCCUUCUCAACCGCUACUGCAACACAGCAGACGACCACAAAUGGGACGAAUUCGCCGACUGUUUCAUCCCCAACGGUGUUCUCGGGUUCGAGAGCUGGGGCGAUAUUGUAGGCGUUGAAAAGAUCGCUGCUGCUGCUCGCAGCGCAGAAGACAGAUUUCAAGGUCUACAGCACUCCAUAAGCAACCUGCAGUUCACGGUUGACGGAGACACGGCUGAGGGAGAUGUUAUCCCUGGUUUUCUGCAACGAUGGAUACAAGCAAGCCUCAUGAGUACCAUGCCUUUGGAGGACAUUAUCGUUUCAAGUUUCAGCAACGUGUAUUUGGAUAGACCUAGCCAGAAGAGGACAAGGUGGAAGGACAUUGCAUCAGUUAUCUGGCUCUGUAUCUUUCAACUUCAAUCCUCAGCUUGCCCUCCUUCGCCAGCUGACACACCUCCCGCAAAUCCUGCCGUUGCGUCCCAAAGCGGAAACGCACAGGAAUUCGCCGAGAAGCUUGCUCGUGAGGCACACAACCGGCUUUCCCUACGCUCAACAGUCGCCGAGAUCGACGAGUACACUUACCAGAACUUACAUAAACUGCCCGAGAACGCUAUUGUAUUCUUCGUCGCUUCGUAUGGCGAUGGAGAGCCAACGGACAAUGCGGAGCAAUUUUAUAACUUCUUAAGUAAUGAGGACGAUGAUGGACCUUUUGACAGACUUCGAGACCAUGGUCUUCAAAAUUUGUCAUACGCCGCUUUUGGUUUGGGAAACAGUAGCUACGCCCACUUCAACGCUGUGAUCCCUGAUGACGGCAAGGGAACAAAUGCUGAAGAUUUCAUCGAGUGGAAAGAUAAGAUGUGGCCUCAAGUCAUAGAGGCUUUCGGUCUGGUCGAGCAAGAGGCUGGUGAGCGAGAACCUGCUUUCGAGGUGGUAGAGAUACCCAACCAUCAUGGCCCAAUCUUCCAGGGGGACUACACAGAUAAGAACCUCGCACAGCAGGCACAAGCUCUCACGAACCAUUAUUUUUCACCUAUCUCGGAGUCAAGGCUGCUCUCAGAUGCUGGUGGUCGAUCGUACAUACAUGUCGAGCUGGACCUCAAGGAUACCAAGCUUGACUAUCAGACGGGUGACCAUCUUUCAGUUUCCCCAAUCAACUCUGACGUCGAAGUCGAGCGCUUCUUGAAGGUAUUUGGUCUAUGGCACAAGAGACACGAGACCAUUCGGGUAAGAUCUCUCUCGGAUGACCUGAACCCUCCAUUCUCGUCUCCGUGUAGUUAUGAGUCCGCAGCUCGUUUCUACACCGAUAUUUGCGGUCCUGUCUCCCGUGAAGUCGUAUCCACCUUUGCGAAUUCCGUUUCGGAUGCUAAGCAGAAGACAACGCUUCGCCAACUCGGCAAGGAUAAAGACGCAUUCUUGGCUCUUACAGGGGGGAACUUUUACAACAUUGCUUCCAUGAUGGAGGCACUGUUCCCUGGGGAGAUCAUCAAUGUUCCUUUUGCAAUCAUCAUCGAAGCCAUGCCGAAGUUGCAGCCGAGAUACUACUCUAUAUCUUCCUCUUCCGCCCUUGAUACUGGCAAAGUCUCCAUCACUGUGGCUAUCGAGUCAUUUCCAAUGCCCAACACGAAUCGACACUUCUCUGGUGUCGCGACGAACUUUAUGUUGGAUGUUGCUUCUGCCGCAAACGAACUACAGCCCUCCCUUUCAGUCUUUCUCCGAACUUCGACAUUUCGACUACCGUCCGAUCCGACAAUACCUGUUCUUAUGGUUGGUCCUGGCACCGGCGUCGCCCCCUUCCGCGGGUUUGUGAGAGAGCGCGUUGCUAUACAUCGACAAGGCAAAGACUUUGCGCCCAUGACGCUAUUGUAUGGUUGCCGCAAGAGGAAGAGCACAGAAGACUUCCUGUACGAGGAAGAGUGGAAGGCAUAUUCCGCUGAGUUGGGCGCCAAGUUCAAGAUGUACACAGCGUUUUCACGAGAGCAGAAAAACAAGGUGUACGUUCAAGAUCUUAUCCUGCAACAAUCGAAGGACAUAGCUUCUCUGAUUCAGAACGGUGGGCACGUGUAUGUUUGCGGAGACGUGGGCAUGGGUCGAGGAGUGACAGAGACGCUUUGCAAGAUCCUUGUUUCUGAGACCAAUGUGCCUUUGGCUGAUGCACAGCGGGUAUUGUCCGACAUGCGACAUUCACAUCGAUAUCAGGAAGAUGUCUGGUAG